CUCUAGAAAAGGAUUGGAAUUUCAGUCUUUGACAUGUUCAAACUCAAACGUCAACCACAUAACUAAACAGUACGUAGCAUUUCUUCAUUGCAAAUUCUCAACCACAACACCUACCAAUCAAUAUAAAUACAAAACCCUCCACCAGCUUAUUAAAUAACUUAAAUUCACUCCCAUUCCUCUCAAGAUGAUGAAAAACAAGUCAUUAAACAUAUCAAUAGCAACACUUGCUAUUGCCUUUCUUAUUGUGAUUAUAGUACCAAAAAAUGUGAGUGCUCAAAACUGUGGGUGUGCUGAAGGGGUGUGUUGUAGCCAAUAUGGUUAUUGUGGAAACACUGAUGCAUAUUGUGGCACAGGGUGCCAAGAGGGUCCUUGUAAAGGAGGAAAUAUUCCACCUAGUACUCCUAGUCCUAGCAAUGAUGUUAAUGUUGCUGACAUUGUCACACCAGAGUUUUUCAAUAGUAUUAUUGAUCAAGCUGCCUCUAGUUGUGCAGGAAAGAGCUUCUACACAAGAGCUGCUUUUCUUGAUGCACUCAAUUCUUAUAACCAGUUUGGUAGAGCUGGUUCUUCCGAUGACUCCAAACGCGAGGUUGCAGCUGCUUUUGCACAUUUUACACACGAAACUGGACAUUUUUGCUAUAUAGAAGAGAUUGACGGUGCAUCAAAGGACUACUGUGAUGAAAACAACACAGAGUACCCAUGUGUCCCUAACAAAGGAUACUACGGUCGUGGACCAAUUCAAUUAUCUUGGAACUACAACUACGGACCAGCCGGGAAGGACAAUGGUUUUGACGGAUUGAACUCUCCCGAAACAGUGGCUAAUGAUCCUACAGUGUCCUUCAAGACAGCUUUAUGGUAUUGGAUGAAAAAUGUUCACCGUGUUGUUAACCAGGGCUUUGGUGCAACCAUUAGAGCCAUUAAUGGUAAACUUGAAUGUGAUGGUGCAAACCCCAACACAGUUAAGGCUCGUGUUGAUUACUACACUCAGUAUUGUAGUAAAUUGGGUGUUGCUCCUGGUGAUAAUCUUACUUGCUAAGCUACCUAGCAAUACAACACAUACAGAUUAUAUAGUACAGUAUUUGAUUUGAUUUACGCAGUAUGGAUAAACGAUACCAUCUAUACACACACAA